CCGAUUCUCUGGCCGCUGGCUCAGCCUAUUUCACAAUUUGCCUCUCAGCGCUGGCUCUCAAGAGCAGGCUUACAGGUUUGGUGCACAGAGGAGGAAGAGGAGAUGCACCGCCGAACCAUCUGAUCAGGGAGAAGAAGCAAGAGCAAAUACCAGACAGGGCACCACUUUCUGCAGCACAGGCAUCAAGCUGGAAGGUACUAAGAAAAGAUGAACAUGACCGAUGCAACAUGGGCAAACAAUGCCAGGGACCCAGAUGGAGAUGGAAAAUCACCUUGUCUUGCUGGCACUGCUGCUGUCAUCUAUUACUGCAUCCUGCUGUGUGUGGGUCUGCCAGUGAACAUUUUGGCUGCUGCUGCGCUGACCCGCCUGGCUGCCCGCACCAAGAAGUCCUCCUACUGGUACCUCCUGGCCCUCACGGCAUCCGACAUUAUGACCCAGGUCUUUGUCGUCUUCACGGGCUUCAUUGUGCAGGCGGCCAUCUUGGGCCGCGAGGUUCCAGGUGCCUUUACCCUCACCAUCAACGUGCUGCAGUUCACAGCCAAUCAUGCCUCCAUCUGGGUGACUGUCCUGCUCACUGUGGACCGUUACGUGGCCCUCUGCCACCCACUGCAGUACAGGGCUGUGUCUUACCCAGGGCGCACCCGGAAGAUCAUUGGCGCCAUCUUUGCAGUAUCGUUGGCCACCGGAAUCCCCUUCUAUGGGUGGCUGGAUGUUUGGCAUGAUGCCUACCCACCCACCACCAUGGACAAGGUCCUGAAAUGGCUUCACUGCUUCCUCAUCUACUUCAUCCCCUGUAGUAUUUUCCUGGUGACGAAUUCUGUGAUCAUCUACAAGCUCAAGCACUCGCACUGGCCCCACCGGCGCCUCAGCAAGACCACAGCCAUUCUGCUGGCCGUCACCACCGUCUUCAUCAUCCUCUGGGCUCCACGGACCAUUGUCAUGAUCUACCACCUCUAUGUGGCCUCUGUCAGACAGAACUGGGAAGUCCACCUCGCAAUGGAUGUUGCCAACAUGGUGGCCAUGCUCAACACCUCCCUCAACUUCUUCCUCUACUGCUUUGUCAGCAAGACUUUCCGGCGCACUGUCUGGGAGGUGCUGGGGUCUAUCCGGCUCCCAUGCACCCAAUUGCUGAGGAAGAGUGGCCCUUUGGAUCCAGCCCUGAAACCCCUGAGGGUCUUAGAUGGGACCAUUCUAGGAGGAGCAUCUCCCUUCUGCAACCAGCUCCAACAUUGCUGAAAGUUUCCACAGCCCAACAGCUCACUGGGACAGAUAGGCUUGGCGUCCUGACAUGACUCUGAAUCCAGAGCAUUAGACAACAACAUAGGAGGGUCUACUAGACAUGGAUGCAUAUGUGUGCAUGCAUAUCUCUAUAUGUAUGUUUGCAUAUAUGUAUUCUGUGUAUCUGUGCAUGGAGACGGGGUGUGCGUGAGAGAGAGAGA